CUGAUUGUUUGCUUCCAAGCUAGUGCUACGAUUGCCGAUUACGUAGUUCCAGCUUGUCGAUCGGAUCAGCAGUAUCAAGUUUUGAACUAUUUUGAAGUUUGGUUCUGGUUUGUUUUGGGUUAGGUUAGGAAUUUUGUGGUGUGUGGUUAUGAAAAAAUUGUUUGAAAAGUGAGAAUUUAUUAGCAUAGAUAAGUUUGUUAGUUUUAGUUAAUUGAAUUACUACUGGCUUUCUUUUUCUUUUUAUAUCAAAGAAUCAAAUCCACAAGUGCCAGUUUAAUUUUAUAAAGAAGCAACUGGUGAAAAGUUUCGCGCAAAACUCUUUGUACAAUGACCAGCAAUAAUGAGAAGCUCACUAAGGCUUUAAAGGAUCUAAACAUAAAAGUUCAGACAUCCAGUGUGAAGGAAAGGAAACAUGUCAUAGAAAAUGUGAUAAAUGUUCUCGCGAAUCCUGGAAUUACUGAAGGAAUCACUAGAGGCAUAUGCAGAGUAGUACCACUUACCUUACAUAGGUAUAGAGAUGGGGCAUCUCGGUCUUUUAUAAGAAAAUUAAUUUUCGCUUUAGUUGAUACGCAUCCUGAAGUAUCUAUUAAUUGUUUUAUAGAAUUGUUCUCCGAACUUUCUGUACAAUUCACGGCCCUAAUAUCAACGGAUAAUGUAGGCCAAAGCGCUCUGUAUGCUCUGGAUUGGACGACAUCAUUAGUGCAAUAUGGUUGGAAAAAUCGGGAAGACAUAAUCAAAAGCAAAUUCGAGAAAAUUGUGGAAACACAAGCUAUUUUUCUCACAUCUAUUGCUGCAUGUGGAAAAAAUAAGAAAAUUGAAAAGGCUUAUAGCUUGUUGAACAAUUCCUGGUCCUCAAUAACCAACAGUGACUUGUUAUAUCUAAGUACCCUAAAAUCUUUAGAACAAAAUCAAUUUUUGGUUGUCUUAGAAUCCGCUCUAAUAAAAAGAUGUUCGAAUACAGAUCCCUCUGCAGUUGAAGAAUAUCUUGAUCCAUUUCUAGAGGCAUUUAUAAAACAUUUUAUAAGUUGUAAAUUUCCACCUCAAACCACUAUUAUUAGAGCUUGCUAUCCACUCUUAGCUCAAAUAAACUUAGAUAAAUUUAAACGAACAGUAUUGCCGGCGCUUCAAAAAGCAAUGCUUAGAAAUCCUGAAGUAAUUUUGGAAACUGUUGGCUUGGUUAUUAUGAGUGUUCAGCUGCAUUUGAGUAGUUGCGCCAUGGAUAUUGGAAAUAGUUUAAUCACUCAUUUACAUUCAAAUGAUGAGAAAGCACGAGCUGAUUCUUCGUUAAAUUGUAAAUAUUUAGCUGAAAAAAUAACUGAGACUGAAGUUAUUGAUGAAUUGCUCAAAAAAACUUUUGCAGUAUAUCAUGGGGCAAAUGGAAAGUUGACUGUCGCAGAACAUAAGAUGGGAGUGUUACAGGGUGCAGGCAAUUUGAGUUAUAAUAAUGUACCUCAAGACAAAAUUCUAGAUUCAAUAUCAAAAGCAACAAUCCAUUUUAUAACAGUUCUUGAAAGCGAGGUGCAUGAAAAAACUUUGUGUUUUGCUUUGGAUAUGCUCUCACUAUGGACUGCAAAACUUUCGAAUGUUAUUCCUGAAGCUCUCCUUGACAUAUUCCAAAAUGGCCCAUUAUUAAAAACAUCAACUCCUUUGGUUAAAUUGGCUUACUUCCAAUGUAUGCUGGCUACGUUUUCUUGCUAUAAUAUAUCACAAGCGGAAAAUUUAGUACCGAUGUUUAUAAAAUCUGUGGAAAAGGCCAUUUCCCAAUCAACUCAGCCUCUUUCAAUUAGUGAGGGAUUGUACGCUUCGCUUUUACUGAUAAGAUUUGCUGAAGCAAAAUUAGGCGAAGAAAAUGGAUUAUCCAUUAUGUGGAGUUCAGUGUUUGAUAUGGAAAAGCAAAUAUUUAUUUCUGAAAAGUUUUUACAAACCGCUAAUGAAAAUAGUUUUCCUCAUGUUAUCCAGCUUUGUGAAAAACUUCUUGUUAAUUAUUCCGAAAAAAUAGGUAACAAAUCUGAACCUGUCCUAAAAGCAAUAAUCCAUUGUGCUUUAUAUUCCUCAACAAAAGUUCGUAAAAAUUGCCUUCUAAUAGUUAAAAAUAUGAUAGGAAGUGUACAAGGAGCCAAAAUAUCUAUAAUCCUUCUACAGCAACUUCAAAUAAUGUUGGAAAACAAAAAAGAUUAUUUUGUGAAAGAAAAUGGCGAUAAUGCCAUUGCUACCUCGCCACACGCAGUAGCGGAGUUUAUUACUUGUCUAUGUUGUGCUGAUAAUUGGUCAAUGGAAGAUGCACAAGAUGUUGCAAUUGCUACAAUUUUACCAGCGCAUCACCCAUUCGUUAUAACAUUAGACCCUGGAUUCUGGAUUAAGAUUUCGAAAGGAUUGAAAUGUGUAUCGAAAGAUUUGAUGGUUCAACGUAGUUCCGAACUAAGGAAAUUAUUGAUUGAACAAUACAAACUGUCCGAAGCGUACAAAAAUGCCCUAGCAACGAUCCUCAAAGUCAAUCCCGAUAUAAUUCUCCCGGAACUACUGGAUUACGUGAAAACCAAGUUAGAAGAUCCAAGAAUAUGCCAAAUAACGAAAUCCGAUUAUUUCACAUUCCUGAUGCCUGAGGGCGAAUUAUAUGACAAAACCGUCAUACCUGGCGACGAAAGUAAUGCAGAAAUGAAUUUGAAAAGGGAAAGUAAAGCUUAUAGUUAUAAGGAACAAUUAGAAGAAUUACAAUUAAAGCGAGAGAUGGAGGAGAAACAGAAGAAACAAGGGAAAGUUAAGUAUACUUCGAAACAGUUGGAAGCGAUAAAAAACCAGAAAUUAAAGGAAGAAGUUAUAAGAAGUAGACUAAAAGAGUUGGACGAAAUUAUAUGUAAAAGUGUUUCGAUGAUUAGUGCAGCCGCCGCAGGCAAUCCAUUGAAGUUGUCUCUAUAUUACAAAGACAUUAUUCCUCUGAUUUUGCAAGCUUUACGAUCCCCUCUAGCAGCACCUUAUCUUACCAAACUAUAUUUGGCAUUGGGAGAUAAGAUUUUCCUCAACCAAAACUUAAACAGCUUAGGAGAAUCAAUUGCUAGAAUCACUCUAAGACUGUGCAAGCCCCAAUGCGAUCUAGAUCCAAAUUGGGAGAAAGAAAAUUUAAACAAAGCUGUAGUCAGAGUAAUUAGAUUAUUUCAUGACAAGACAGUCCGCAAGGGAACCAAUGAAGAAUAUGCAGCCGAAACUUUUACCGUGCCAGCUUUCAGCUACAGUUUUUUUCUAUUAAAAUACAGUUUAACGUCAAAUUAUGCCAAAAAACACGACGAGUUAAUACGCGAUGGCUUACAAAUUAUUUCGGAACAUGCAAAACUAAGAGGAAAUAAUGAAUAUAGUGAUAUUGAUCUGUAUCAUCCUAAAUAUCUACCAACUAAGCAAAUGUUUUUAUUAUUAGUUGAUAUAAUAUGUAACAGUUCGAGUCGUAUUCAAGCUCAAUCUGUAGCCUGUCUACUUGAUAUCGCAUACAGUGUAAGCGAAAAACCAGGAUGUACCUGCGCAUCAUUAGAAGAAAUUGAUGUUCUAUUGACAGCUCUGCAAAGUGCCAUAAGCGUCGUAAGGGAUGCAGCCCUUAGAGCUUUAAUUAUUAUCGUCUCGUCAUUGCCCAGUUUCAAAGCUGAUUACGAAUACGCUUUGAAACUUAAUAAACGGAUUUUGAUUGCUAAAUUUGAUGAUUUUGAAGAAAAUAGGAAACUAGCAGACGAUUUGUGGAAUAAAGCCGCUAUGGAAUUUCCGGCUACGCUAAGUAAAGAAUUAUUGAGCGAUAUGGAACAUCCAGUUGAUUGUGUACAAACGGCUGCGGCGAAAGCACUAGCUGCUCUAUUGAAAACUGAUCAAGAUCGAGUAGAACCCACAAUCAAGACGUUAAUUAAAUUGUAUAAUGAUAGGCUUAAGAUGAUACCAGCAAAAGUUGACGAAUUUGGUCGAGAAAUAGAAAAAGAAGUUGACACUUUUUACCCUAGAAGAGGUGUGGCUGUCGCAAUUUGUCAACUAGCACCACUCAUAACACCAGAACUUGUUGGCGAGUUGAUGCAGUUUUUUGUUGUCACUUCUUUGAAAGACAGAAAUGAAAAUGUAAGGAAGGAAAUGCUUAGUGCCGCUUUGAAAAUUGUUGACAUUCACGGAAAGGAAACAGUUGGAACUCUCUGGCCUGUGUUUGACAAUUUUAUGUGUAAAUCUUCUAAAUCAGCUCAUUUUGAUGCUGUAAAAGAAGCAGUUGUAGUAUUGAUGGGCGCUUUAGCUAGACAUCUUGACAAAGACGAUGCAAGAAUCAAACCUAUAGUUUUCCGACUUAUCCAAGCUCUGUCAACUCCUUCUCAAACAGUUCAAGAAGCAGUGGCAAAUUGUUUGCCACCUCUAGUACCAUCUGUAAAAGAUGAGGUACCCGGUUUUAUCAACAAACUUCUUCAUCAACUUCUGAAAGCCGACAAGUAUGGCGAGCGAAAAGGUGCUGCGUAUGGUCUAGCUGGACUUGUUAAGGGCAUGGGUAUAUUGGCUUUGAAGCAAUACGAUAUUAUGAAUAAACUAACUGAGGCUGUACAGGAUAAAAAGAACUAUAAACAUAGGGAAGGUGCUUUGUUCGCUUUUGAAAUGCUGUUCGAAAUGUUGGGCAAACUGUUUGAACCUUACAUUGUACACGUUUUGCCACACUUGUUACAAUGUUUUGGGGAUACUAGUCAAUACGUCAGAAUAGCGUCUAAUGAUACUUCUAGAGUUGUGAUGGCAAAAUUAUCGGGGCAUGGUGUUAAGUUGAUUCUACCAGCAUUGCUUGAAGCUCUCGAAGAAGAUUCCUGGAGAGCAAAAGCAGGAUCUAUUGAACUCCUAGGAUCCAUGGCAUACUGUGCUCCUAAACAAUUAUCGUCUUGUCUUCCUAGUAUUGUUCCUAAAUUGAUUGAAGUAUUAAGUGAUUCGCAUAUUAAAGUACAAGAAGCGGGAGCUACUGCCCUUGAGGUAAUAGGUUCCGUUAUCAGAAAUCCGGAAAUUCAAGCCAUUGUCCCUGUACUCUUAAAAGCCUUACAAGACCCUUCAAAUGAAACAUCAGUUUGCCUUCAAAUAUUGUUGGACACACAAUUUGUACAUUUUAUCGACGCCCCGUCUCUAGCUCUAAUAAUGCCAGUAGUCCAGCGCUCUUUUAUGGACAGAUCAACAGAAAUAAAAAAAAUGUCUGCGCAAAUUAUAGGAAACAUGUACUGGCUGACUGAUCAAAAAGAUUUAUUGCCUUACUUACCAAAGAUCUUACCGGGAUUAAAGGCUUCUUUAUUAGAUCCUGUACCAGAGGUUAGAGCCGUAAGUGCCAGAGCUCUUGGAGCGAUGGUACGGGGAAUGGGUGAGUCGACAUAUGAAGAUUUGCUACCUUGGUUAAUGCAAACUUUAACAUCGGAGACUAGUACUGUUGAUAGGUCUGGAGCUGCUCAGGGAUUGUCCGAAGUUGUCGGCGGAUUGGGUGUUGAAAAACUUCAUAAAUUUAUGCCAGAAAUUAUCAGCACUGCUGAAAGAAAUGAUAUAGCUCCUCAUAUCAAAGACGGUUAUAUAAUGCUGUUUAUUUACAUGCCUAAUGUAUUUACCUCCGAUUUUACACCAUAUAUUGGGCAAAUUAUCAAUCCCAUACUAAAAGCAUUGGCAGAUGAAAAUGAGUACAUUAGGGAAACCGCCCUCAAAGCCGGUCAAAGAAUUGUUAAUUUGUACGCAGACUCGGCUAUUUUAUUGUUGCUACCUGAACUGGAAGCGGGGUUGUUUGAUGAAAACUGGAGAAUUCGAUACAGUUCUGUACAGCUGCUAGGAGAUCUCCUUUACCGCAUAUCUGGAGUAACUGGUAAAAUGAGUACUGAAACUGCUAGUGAAGACGAUAAUUUUGGUACAGAACAAUCUCACAAAGCUAUUAUCACGGCACUUGGUGCUGAAAGACGAAAUAAGGUAUUGGCUGGUCUAUACAUGGGACGUUCUGAUGUAGCCCUCAUGGUACGACAAGCAGCUCUCCAUGUAUGGAAAGUGGUAGUGACCAACACACCUAGAACCUUGAGGGAAAUUCUGCCCACUCUGUUUAGUCUAUUGUUAGGAUGCUUAGCCAGUGACAGCUAUGAUAAAAGGCAAGUUGCCGGAAGAACAUUGGGCGACUUGGUACGAAAACUCGGCGAACGCGUGCUGCCUGAAAUUAUACCGAUCCUGGAGAAAGGCCUACAAUCAGACCAACCGGAUCAAAGACAGGGUGUUUGCAUUGGUCUCUCAGAAAUUAUGACAUCGACAUCAAAAGACAUGGUGUUGACGUUUGUAAAUUCACUAGUACCCACUGUAAGGAAAGCGUUGUGCGAUCCUCUUCCCGAGGUACGGCAGGCUGCAGCUAAAAGCUUUGAUAGUUUACAUUCUACUGUUGGUACCAGAGCCUUGGAUGAUAUUCUUCCUAAUUUACUGAAUCAACUGAAUGACGACGACCCAGAUGUUGUAGAAUAUACUCUAGAUGGCUUACGACAGGUCAUGGCAAUUAAGUCGAGAGUAGUAUUGCCCUAUUUAGUUCCACAGCUGACAGCACCGCCAGCAAAUACUAAAGCUCUUUCAAUUUUGGCUUCAGUUGCUGGAGAUUCUCUUAAUAAAUAUUUACCUAGAAUCCUUCCUGCACUACAGAUGGCUCUUGCAAUAUCUAAGGGAACACCUGAAGAAGCUCAACAACUAGAAUACUGCCAAGCGGUCAUUCGAUCAGUCAUCGAUGAUGUUGGGACUCGAAUCGUAAUUGAUACUUUGUUAGAGAAUACCAGAAACGUGAAUGCAGAUCAAAGAAGGGCUGCCGCAACUUUGCUAUGUGCCUUUUGUGCCAGUCCUAAAGCUCAAUAUUCGUCCUAUGUUCCUCAGUUAUUACGUGGACUUGUACAUUUGAUGUCGGAUACUGAUAAGGACGUGCUACAAAUGGCUUGGGAAGCCUUGAAUGCUCUCACCAAGACUCUUGACCCGAAACAGCAAGCUACUUAUGUAUCAGACUUACGACAAGCAGUAAGGUACGCACUUUCAGAUAUGAAACCUGGCAUUGACCUACCAGGUUUUUGUUUGUCAAAAGGGAUUGUUCCGAUAUUGCCUAUAUUUAGAGAGGCUAUUCUCAAUGGAGAUGGCGACGAAAAAGAAGCGGCUGCACUAGGCUUAGGUGAAGUUAUCAGAGUCACAAGUGCACAAUCGCUCCAACCAAGCGUUGUUGCCAUCACUGGACCGCUGAUUAGGAUCUUGGGAGACCGAUUCAGUUCCAAUGUCAAAACGGCCGUGUUGGAUACAUUGGCUUCUUUGCUAUCUAAAGUUGGCGUCUUGCUUAGACAAUUCUUACCACAGCUACAAACAACGUUUGUGAAAGCGCUUAACGAUCCCAAUCGUACCGUUAGAUUGAAAUCUGCAACUGCUUUGGGACAACUUGUAGUUAUCCAUCUAAGAGCAGAUCCACUGUUUACGGAAGUACACAAUAUGGUUAAAAAUAAUGAAGAUGUGGCGCUCAAAGAAUCAACCUUACAGGCUCUAAGGAGCAUAAUUACUGCUGGUGGAGACAAGAUGUCGGAAACGGUCAUGAAACAAAUUCAUGCGACGUUGACAACCUAUUUAGGACAGACUGAUGAUACAAUUAGAAAAUGUGCUGCCGGUUGUUUGGGAGCUAUUUGCACUCAUUUACCUACUGGAUUAUUGGAUCAGACGCUUUCAGACCAUAUAUUGAAUGACGAUAAUAAUGUAAAUGUGACUCUCAGAGAAGGUAGAGGAUCAGCGCUAACAGUAGCCUUGAAAGAAAGUUCUAAACGUUUGUGGAAUGAUCAAUAUAGAAAUAAGGUGACACAAGUGCUUCUUAGUCAGCUACAAUCGCAAAUCAUUAAUAUAACUCGGAGUGCUAUCCGUUCUUGUGGUUACCUCUUAGAAUAUUUAUUAAUGAAUAUUGAAAAUAUGCCCAAUCAGCUUUUAGUGGCGUUCGUAAGGACAAUGAACCACAGCAAUAAUGAAGUAAAGCAAUUGCUAGCAAGAGUAUUAUUCCAUGUAGCAAAAGUUCUACCAGGAGGAAAAUUAUCGCCAGAUUUCCUACGAAUCGCUUUGCCAACAUUAGUCAAUGGCACAAAAGAAAAAAAUGUUUAUGUUAAAGCAAACUCAGAAAUAGCACUUAUAGCUAUGCUAAGAUUAAAGGAUGGUGACGAAGUAUUUCAGAAAUAUUCUGGUAUGCUGGACUUGGGUGCAAGGGAAUCAUUGACUGAUACUGUAUUGAAAGUUUUGAAGAAAAUGCUACAUCAGCCCGAGGGCAAAGACGAUGAUAUCGACGACACCUUAGUUACCUGAUCCUUCGAUGAAUUUCAAAUUAUAUUUUGGAAUGUAUUACAGGCUUAUUUUGAUUUUAGGCAUAAAAAAAAUUUAUGCCAAAAUUAUUGUUAUCCACUAUGCUUAAUAAACUGUAUUGAGGUCAUUAUAAUUGUAUAGAAAUUUUUGAAUUGACACA